AUGUCUUCUUCGACAUUUUUAACUUGUUGUCUUCUUAUUAUUUCUAGUUAUUAUUUUGUCGAAUCACAAGCUCCGGUCAAUUAUAUUGAUAAUUCAAUUAUUGGUGAGUUAAUUAGUUUUAUUUGAGUAAUAUUCAGAAUUUUCAUCAAGUUCUUCGGUCCAGGUCUGAGUUUUUGAGAGAUUUGAAUUGGACAAAUGUGAUAUAUUUUUUUAGAAAGACUCAGAACUUGAAAGAAAGCUUGUCUGAUUCAAAUUUUUAAUUCGAAAAAAAAAUAUGCCAAAAAAUAAUAAUCUUAAUUUUUAUUCGAUUAUCACAAAUUUUUCAAAAAUUCAAGUAUAGGAUAUAUUCAGAAUUUUUAAUAUUAAAAUUUGGACCUACGGGCCUUUUUGUUUUAUUGCAGUCAUCUCGAUUAUCAUUUCUCUACUAUCUCUUCUUUUUAAAUUCUUUUGUCUUUCACAAUGUAUAUCGGUGUGGUUCAAUAAAUAUAUAUAUAUAUAUAUAUAUAAAAUUACAGAUUUUCUAAACUUGAUUUAGCAAAAAUCGUCUUGUUAGAAAUCUUUUCCCUUUAAAAUUUGAAAAUGUUAGAGGCUCUCAAACAUUUUUCUGAAAUCCAGGAUUUUCCUUUUUUUAUGACCUUCACCCAAUUUUCGCCGCAAAACAAUAUGGGAUUAUUCCGAGAGAAGUACACAAAACCAAAAAAUCUCAUAAUUGCUCGUUGUCGGCGCCAAAAAAAGCAAUAAUUAUGGAAUUAAUUUUGUAUUUCUAGGUGUUCCAAAGGUUAUUUGCGCUGAAAACGAUCUUGCACUUGAUAUUGUCACAUCAAAACCAUUUCGUGGAAAUAUAUUUGUAAAAGGACGAGCAAAAGAUAAAUCAUGUCGUCAAUCAUAUGCAAAUAAUGGCACAAAUUCAUAUUCUCUUCCAUUGGGAAAAUGUGGAAUGCAAAGAUUGAGAUCAGCAAAUCCACGUGGUGUUAAUUUCAUGGUUACUGUAAUUGUGUCAUUUCAUCCAGCUGGAUUUAUUACAAAAAAUGAUCGAGCUUUUCAUGUUAAAUGUUUUUAUAUGGAACCAGAUGAGAUUGUUACUCAAAAUAUUGAUGUUAGGUAAAUUGAAUUUGGCACUUCUUACACAUCUGAUCCGGAGUGUCGUUUUUCUUUUCUAGAUUUUUUAGAUAAAAAAUCUAACAAAACUAUUUACAGUAUGAUUCCAACAACUGAAUUAUCUGAUUCAAUGGCAAUGCCAAAAUGUGAAUAUUCAGUUCGUCGUGAUGGUCCAAAUGGUCCAACAUUAACAUAUGCAAAUGUUGGUGAUAUUGUUUUCCAUGUUUGGGAAUGUACACCGGCUGAUAUGGGAAUGCUUGUCAAAAAAUGUUUUGUAACUGAUGGAGAUGGAGAAGAUCACGCUGUUGUUGAUUUUGAUGGAUGUGCAACUGAUCCAUUUUUAUUAAGCGAAUUAUCAUAUGAUGGUUCUUUAAUGAGAGCACAUGCAUCAAGUCAAGUAUUUAAAUAUGCUGAUUCAAAUCAAUUAUAUUUUACAUGUCAAAUUCGAUUGUGUCAAAAACAAAUGGGAAUGUGUCAAGAAGUUACUGUAUGUCAAUUUUUCUAUUAUGCCUUAACAAAUAUAAAAACCAUAUUUUCAGCCUCCAAAAUGUGGUGUAAGACAACUUGAAGAAAAUGAUGAAGAAGUAUUAACACUUACAUCGAAUUCGACUAGAAAUAAAAGAGAAAUUGAAGAUGGAAUCGAAACGAGAAAUGAUUUGGAGGUUGUGGUUUUUUCAAAAAAUGCUUUGAAAAAGUGAUAAACUUGAAAUUUGCAGAUUGAUGUUGCAACUGCUGAACUUCUUGUGUUAGAUCCAUCAGAUCGUGGACUUUUAGCGCCUUCGCCAUUUUGUGUUCCACGUCUUUUACUCCCAAUGCUUCCACUUUUCCUCAUAACAGUUAUUUCUUUAACUGUUGUUUCAACUGCUUUGGUAAUUCGUCGACAAAAUCUCAAAAAGAAUUUGGAUGUUAUUAAUUCGACCCCAUAUUUUUAA